GCUCACUUGAACUAAAAGGCAUCAUUACAUACUACACACGAAAUUUAGGGUAAACAUGGACAGAAAAUCUGGCUCUUCUAAAAGAGAUAGAAGAACCAUCGAGAAAGAGAGAAGAAACAAAAUGAAAGAUCUCUAUUCUCAACUCAAUUCUCUUGUCCCUCAUGAUCACACCUCAUCUUCAAGGACAAUUCAAGAUCAACUAGGUGACGCAACAAACUACAUCAUGCAACUUCAAGGGAAUGUGGAGAAUCUGAGGCAAACAAGAGAUGACUUACGUGGAAAUGGAGCCACAAACGGUGGCGGGCGAGGCGGUAGCAGUGGCGGCAACUCAAACUCCUCCUCCUCGUCGUCGGUUCAAAUCCAAGUGAAUGAAAAUGAGAACACCGUAGUUGUGACUCUCAUGACUACUUUGGAGUGUCAAUUCGUUUUUACUGAGGCAGUCCGAAUUCUCCACGAGGAAAAAGCUGAAGUUGUGAACGCUAGUUAUUCUGUUUCUGAAAAUAUUGUCUUUCACACCAUCCAUGCACAGAUGGGUGAAUAUGCAUCUAUUGAAAGGAUUACUGAGAGGCUGAAAAGAUUUGAGCUCUAAUCGUCUUCAAUUAUCAAAAUUAUAUUAUAUGUCCGUACAGGAUGAUAAUACAAUAAUUAAAGUAAUCUUGAAACGGCAAUUUCUAUAUAUAAAAAGGUUUUAAUACCUAAUUAAAACUAAGCUUGUAAGUAUUUUCAUUGAUUAUAUAUUGCAUGUAGCAAUAUAAUAUCAAGUUAUUUGUAUUCCUAAACGUCUACUUAUUAAGAUAUACAAUAUAGUUGCUAUUUUGUUUCCUAGAGUUUGUCCAAAUGAUAAAAAAUGUUCUCAUAACAAAUGUCAUAUACAAAGGGCAAACUCAAGAAAUAGAGUAAUAUGGAGUAUGUACUUAUGAUUUUGUUAUAAAUUAUGCCUAUGGUCAGAUUAAGUCAACUCCUGUCAAUUUAA